UGUACAAAUAUGCUUUAAUAGAUAAGAACUCACCUUGGCACAGAAAGAAACGCAGAGAUAUUCUUCAGAUUAUGUUUCUUUUUUCUAACCGUUGACUGGACAAACAUUUUAUUCUUAUAUAGAUGAACAGUUAAAGUUUUCAAAGCCUGUGUGGUUUGCGGUGACAACUGACAGUGUUCUGGAGUAAGAUGGGGAGUCCAGUGGACUCGUGGAAUGCGUGUUCAUCAGCGUAAAAGCGUCGUAUCCAGUUCCAUAAUGCCUCAGUAGAUUUUUUUGUUUUGUUUUGCUUCUUUUUUAAUUAUCAUUUAUUUUAGUUUUAAUAUGAGACAGGCACUGGAGCUGUGCCUGCUUAUGUGAAACAUGACGCCUUUUCUGGAAUCCGCUCUUCGGAGAAACGGAAUGACGUCUUGAUUACUAUUGCCAUUUCCUUUGCUCGAGGAGCAGAAGAGGUUUCAUAGUAUUUUGUGUGAUCACAAACGCACCCGCUACCAGAGAAAACCGUGGUGAAAGCCUCUCUAGAGAAAAAAACCUUGUUUCCGGUCGUAUAAUAGAUAGGGUAUUCAACUGACAAGAGUCUCGUACCGUCUCAGGGAUAGAGAACGAAACUUGGAUCACUCGCUUUUGUCCACGCCACGACUUCUCUUGUGUGCGAUAGCAGUGACCCGAGCAGUUUGCUAUCGAGACGUAUGACGAGUUUGUGUGACGAGCUGUUCUCCUCUCUGGACACUGAUGCGCCUGUACAGAAGCUGAUCUGAAACGUUGCUUCCCUUUGUCAUCGUCAUUAGUCUGGGAAAGGUGCCUCGGUCCCACGGCCUUACUUUUCAUGGAUGCCAGAUCUGCUCUGCUCCAGCUUGGGACGCUCGUGGCCCUCCUGACCGCAGCGGUCACAUCCUCUCCAGGCCGGGGGCUCUAUACCAACACCUGGGCCGUUCACAUCUCGGGGGGCACGGAGGAGGCCGACCGCAUCGCACGGAAACACGGCUUCAUCAACCAUGGCAAUAUAUUUGGGGAUUACUACCACUUCCAGCACCGGCGAGUUGUAAAGAGAUCUCUGUCUGGCCACUGGGGCGUUCACACUCGACUGCAGAUAGAACCGCAGGUCCUUUGGGCUGAACAGCAGUUGGCAAAACCCAGAAAAAAGCGGGAUAUUUACAUCGAGCCGACAGAUCCCAAAUUCUCUCAGCAGUGGUACCUGUAUAAUCCCAGCCAUAGGGACUUGAACGUUAAGGAGGCCUGGUCUCAGGGUUUCACCGGGAAAGGAGUGGUGGUCACGAUUCUGGAUGACGGCAUUGAGAAGGACCAUCCCGAUUUGGCCAAGAAUUACGAUCCAGAGGCAAGUUAUGACGUAAAUGACAAAGAUCCAGAUCCUCAGCCCCGCUACACACAACUCAAUGAUAACAGGCACGGCACACGGUGUGCUGGGGAGGUCGCCGCCAGCGCCAAUAAUGGCAUCUGUGGGGUGGGCGUGGCCUACAACGGCAGGAUCGGAGGUGUGCGGAUGUUAGAUGGAGAGGUGACGGAUGUGGUAGAGGCUCAGUCUCUGAGCCUUAAUUCCCAACACAUUCACAUCUACAGUGCCAGCUGGGGCCCAGAGGACGACGGGAAGACGGUGGACGGUCCUGCCAAGCUGGCCAAGGAGGCUUUUCUCCAGGGGGUCACUGAGGGCCGUGGCGGGCUAGGCUCCAUCUUCGUGUGGGCAUCGGGUAAUGGCGGGCGUGAGAAGGACAGCUGUAACUGUGAUGGCUACACCAACAGUAUCUACACCCUCUCCAUCAGCAGCACCACCCAGUACGGCAAUGUGCCCUGGUACAGCGAGGCCUGUUCCUCCACCCUCGCUACAACCUACAGCAGCGGAAACAUCAACGAGAAGCAGAUAGUGACAACAGACCUGAGGAAGAAAUGUACAGACUCCCACACGGGAACGUCGGCCUCAGCUCCGUUAGCGGCGGGAAUCAUCGCCCUCGCCCUGGAGGCCAAUAUGAACCUGACCUGGAGAGACAUGCAGCACCUUGUGGUGAGAACCUCACGACCGGCCCACCUCAUGGGCAGCGACUGGAGGACCAACGGGGUCGGCCGUAGAGUGAGUCAUUCGUACGGCUACGGUCUGUUGGACGCCGGGGCGAUGGUGGCACUGGCCCAGAACUGGACAAGUGUUGGGCCACAGCACAAAUGUGUCCUUGAAAUGCUCACUGAGCCCAGAGAGAUAAGAAACCACCUGGUGUUCAGUAAGAGUGUGGAGGCUUGCUGGGGUCAACCAGAUUACGUCAGCUCUCUGGAGCACGUCCAGGCCAGACUCACACUGUCGUACAACCACAGGGGAAACCUGGCCAUUCACCUCAUCAGUCCGCUGGGCACGCGCUCAACCCUGCUGGCACCACGCCCUCAAGACAGUUCUUCUGAGGGCUUCAAUGACUGGGCCUUCAUGACCACCCACUCCUGGGAUGAAGACCCCCGCGGGGAGUGGACCCUGGAGAUCGAGAACGUGGCAGGAGUCAGUGAUUAUGGAGUUCUUUCUCAGUUCACCUUGAUCCUGUAUGGAACAGGCUCCACUGCCUUCGACCCAUCUGCCUCCGACUACAGCCGACCGUCAAAUAACAGCUGCAAAACCUUCGAUGCCCAGCAGAUCUGCAUUGAAUGCAGCGCUGGAUUCUCCCUUUUUCUCCAGGGCUGCGUGAAGACGUGUCCUCCAGGCUUCAGCUCCGGACUGCAGUUCCUCAACCUGUCCUUGGAGAACUGGGUGGAGCAGUCAUCCGUCCAGGCCUGUCUGCCUUGCCACCCCACCUGCCUGACAUGUUUUGGGACAGGGGACACUGACUGUCUCUCCUGCCCCCCUCAUAGUCACCUUGUGUUAGGAUCCUGUCUGCACCAGAACCAGGUCCAACGCAAAUCUCCCUCUGGCCCCGUGCUCCCAGCAGAGGGCGAAGGCCCAAGAGAGGGAUCUUUUCCCAAGAUCCUCUCCUCUUCCUCCCAUCUGCCUGCCGUCAUCGCGGUGCUCAGCUGUGCCUUCAUCCUGGUCACCUUCGCGGCAGUCUUCAUAAUGCUGCAGCUACAGUCUGGGGUCAGCAGCGCCCCCUUCUGGAGACGGACCAAAUUGCCCAUAACGGACCCCAGAGUCGGGGGCAUUCGGGUGGGCUUCGGGUUUGGACUUGGUCGGGAUCGGGUGGGGAAGGUGUCGUACAAAGGUAUUCCCACGGUGUGGGCAGAAGAGGAGGUCACCGGCGGGCUGGACUCGGAAUCGGACAGUGAGGAGCUGGACUGCCACAGUGAGAGGACUGCUUUCAUUAGAACACAGAGUGCCCUCUAGCAUACACACCUGCGCACACACUCUCUGACUGGACACAGAGCAUUCUUUAGUGCCCCUGAGCUCUGAUUGGCCGAACACAGAGUGCUGUAUUGUAUCCCAGCUCAAUGACUGGCUAAAUCAGGUCCUUAAACUGUUGAGUUCAGCCUCCAUCCCCUCUCUGGGUCUCUGACCUCCUCUGGAUGGUGUAGAAUCCUGAGGGAAGCUUCUCUCUCUCUCUCUCUCUGUUUCUCUCUCUCGCUUGCUUUCAUCUCUGUUCCUCUCCCUCUC